CUCUCUUUACAAUAUCUUUUUUUCUUUUCCCCUUUCUUUCUUUUCUUAACAAAAUGGCAUCUUGUCCGAUGACAUCAACCAAUAGUACAAAGCAAUCAUCUAUCUCAUCUGCUCUUGCUUCUUCAAAUCAUACUCUUCGAAAGUUUUUUAAUAGAUUCCCGCAGUCAUCCAGAUCAUCAACAGCAACACCUUCCAUAUCAAGUUCUGAAAGUUCUUUCGAAAACGCACCUAGUCAAACAGAAAUCGACAUCAUUCGUACGAGUUGGGAACUAGUCUCUCAGAAACGACUCGACUCAGACGACAAGACCAUCUCUCCUUCCCACGCAUUUGGUCUUGCCUUUUACGCCGCCUUAUUUGAACUCUGUCCUGAGACAGAGCCUUUGUUCCACAAUGUCUUUCAGCAAGCAAAGGCUCUGACAGGCAUGAUUGCCUUUAUUGCAAGAGCACCUAAACUGACCAAACAGAAACGGGGGACGAUCAAGGACAUGAAUAAGAGAAAGGUGGAGGAAGAGGAUCCUGAGUGGUUGGCUUUACAGAUGAAGGAAUUGGGAGCAAGACAUUAUUUCUACAAGAUCAAACCAGAAUAUUUUGAUCAUGUAGGUCCUGCUUUUGUGACAGCACUCAAGAAGAGAUUGGGUGAGGAAUAUACAGUUGAGAUGGGUGAAGCGUGGGCCAAGGCUACUGCCUAUGUCGCUUAUAACAUGACUCUUGGAUUCGAAUCCCAGCAGGCCUGGGUGGAAGGCACGACUGUAUCAACGAUCAAGCCUAUCGGUUUGUGAAAAAUUAUUGUCGGUUAUUAAAUUAUAAAAUUGUCGAUUUACUUUGAAAAUUGGAUUUGCGUGUGUUGAUUACUGCGGGGGCAAGGGGCUUGAUAUCUGUGUUGCCAAGUUUGGAAAACUUGUGAACAAAAAAAAAGCUGUAUAUGGACAAGAUAAAACUAGUGACCUUAUCAAAGUAUUGCUUGAAUUGUUCACUUGGAAAUAAUGAGGGAAAAUAUACACCAUGCAUUCCGUUAAUGCAAUUUUUAGGUUUGAGCUGUCAGCUCUACACGAUAAAGCACGUAGAGAGCUUUUAUGCUUUAGAGAUGGUAGACACAGCAAAUUUUCCUAUAACGCAUAAGGAUGUAAAGGAUGGUGGAAUCCUCAAGCUUGCUCUUUGUUUGGAAGCAGCUAAAUACGAAUUUAUCAAUAAUUACUCUUGAAUUGAUCUUCGCUCUUUGUUGAU